AAAAAAAAAAAAAUUGUCACACAAAUCACAAACUGAAAUUUCCAAAUCGAGAGCUUCUCCUCAGAUCUCUCUAUAAAGAUAGCUCAAGGCGGAGGAGACUUAAAAACGAUCACCUGAAAUCCACCGAAACAUGUCGAGCGAUAGCAACGAUAUAGACGAAGAUGAGCUUCUUCAAAUGGCGUUGAAAGAGCAGGCUCAAAGAGAUCUCACCUAUCAGAAACCUCCUUCUUCAUCUGCUCGCAAGCCUGUUGCCAAUUUAGUGCAGCAGCCUCGACAGCAGAAGCCUGCGGCUCCGCCGAAGAAGUCUGCGGCGGCUGUUAGGAAACCUUCUAUGGAUGAGGAUGAUGAGUCGGAGGUGGAAUUGCUUAGUAUUUCUAGCGGGGAUGAUGAUUUGGAGAGGGAAAGGGAAAGAGGUGGUUCUGGUGGUGGUGCCGGGAGAGGAAGAGGUAGCGAUGUUCGCGAGAAGGGAAGAGCUAGGAAAGAGGAUGAUGGUGCUUGGGAUGGAGAGGAGCCUGAUUGUUGGAAACGGGUUAAUGAAGCUGAGCUUGCCCGUAGGGUUCGUGAUAUGCGGGAAUCAAGAACAGCACCCGUGGUUCAGAAAGUAGAGGGUAAAGUAGCUGCACCUGGCAAAAAAGUGGUUCUGACAAGUUUGCAGUCAUUGCCUCGCGGUAUGGAAUGUAUUGAUCCACUAAAAUUAGGGAUAAUAGACAAUAAGACACUGAGAUUAAUCACUGAGUCGUCAGGCAGCCCAUCAAAAGCUGAGAAAGUGGAUAAUACUCUUCGGGAAAAAUUGAUUUACUUCUCUGAUCAUUUCGAUCCGAAGCUGUUUCUUUCUCGCAUUCACCAAGAUACGAGUGCAACUGAUUUUCUAGAUAUUGAGUCAAAACUGAAGCGGAUUGAAGAAGACCCUGAAGGGUCAGGAACUACUCAUUUGUUCAAUUGUAUGAAAAGUGUGACAUCAAGGGCCAAUCUUGCAUUUGAGCCUCUUUUUGAGAGACAGGCUCAAGCUGAGAAAAUCAGGUCUGUACAAGGAAUGCUUCAGAGAUUCCGGACAUUGUUCAAUUUGCCCAGUAUCAUUCGUAGCAGUAUUAGCAAGGGUGAAUAUGAUUUGGCUGUUCGAGAAUACAAGAAGGCGAAAUCUAUAGCUCUCCCUUCUCAUGUAAAUAUACUCAAGCGUGUACUCGAGGAGGUUGAGAAAGUUAUGCUGGAAUUUAAAGGCACACUAUACAAGUCUAUGGAAGAUCCAAAAAUAGACUUUACAAGUCUGGAAAACACUGUGAGGCUUUUGCUAGAGCUGGAACCCGAAUCUGAUCCUGUGUGGCAUUACCUAAAUGUUCAGAAUCAUAGAAUCCACGGCUUGCUUGAGAAAUGUACAUAUGAUCAUGAAGCAAGGGUGGAAAGUUUGCGUCAUGAGACUCAUGAGAAAGCCAUCUCGGAUGCGAAGUGGCAACAGAUUCAACAAAAUGGUGUUCCAUAUUCAGAUACUGCCUCUUCUCUUGAAUAUAAUGAAGUCCAAGUUGACCUACAAUCAGUGGAAUUCCCCGGCGAAGAGAUUGAUACUUUGAAGGGAAGAUACAUCAAAAGAUUGACUGCUGUGCUUGUGCAUCAUAUCCCUGUGUUUUGGAAAACAGCUAUAUCUAUUUUCAGUGGAAAAUUUGCCAAGUCCUCCCAAGUUACUGAUACUUCAGCCAAUAAAGCCGAGGAAAAGGUCACAGAGGCAAGGUAUUCAACUCAUUCUUUGGAAGAAGUUGCUGGGAUGAUACGCAAGACUAUUUCUGUGUAUGAAGCAAAGGUGAACAGCACAUUUUGUGAUUUUGAUGAAUCAUGCAUUCUCCGCCCAUUUAUGAGUGAUGCCAUCAACGAAGUAUCAAAAGCAUGCCAAGCUUUUGAAGCCAAAGAGUCAGCGCCUCACAGUGCUGUCGUUGCACUAAGAAAAGUCCAGGCGGAAAUCACUAAGAUUUAUAUCCAAAGGCUUUGCUCUUGGAUGAGGGCAUCCACAGAAGGAAUAUCAAAAGAGGAGACGUGGAUCCCGGUUUCUAUUCUUGAAAGGAAUAGAUCUCCAUAUGCCAUUUCUUACUUGCCUCUUACAUUCCGUUCAGUUAUUGUCUCUGGCAUGGAACAAAUCAAUCUGAUGAUCCUCUCUGUCAAAGGUGAAGCUGCUAAGUCAGAAGAUAUGUUUGCCCAAAUUGAGGAAAUCCUGAUAUCUGUUAGACUGGCUUUUUUGAACUGCUUUCUGGAUUUUGCUGCGCACUUGGAGCAAAUUGGUGCUGAUCUUUCUCAAAGCACCUCAAGACAAGAAAAUUGGAAAAAUGGAUAUUCUGACGAUCAUCAGGAAGAACCAUCAGCCAACGCCUACGGAAGUGUUGUUGAUCCUCACAGGCGAUUAUUGAUGGUCUUAAGUAAUAUAGGUUAUUGCAAAGAUGAACUUGCUUCCGAGCUUUACAACAAGUUCAAAUAUAUCUGGUUGCAGUCUAGGGGCAAAGAUGAAGACAGUAGCGAUCUUCAAGAUCUAGUUAUGUCUUUUUCUGGUCUUAGCGAGAAGGUCCUCGAGCAUUACACUUUCGCUAAGGCAAAUUUGAUCAGAACAGCUGCCACAAAUUAUUUGCUGGACUCUGGUAUUCAGUGGGGAUCAGCACCUCAAGUGAAAGGCAUACGAGAUGCGGCUAUUGAGCUCUUGCACACUCUUGUAGCUGUCCAUGCAGAGGUCUUUGCGGGUGCCAAACCCCUCCUGGACAAGAUUCUUGGCGUUCUGAUCGAAGGUCUGAUUGACACUUUUCUCAGUCUUGUGGAAGAAAACAGAUCAACUGACCUAAGAUCAAUUGAUGCAAAUGGUUUCUGCCAACUGAUGUUUGAGCUUGAAUAUUUUGAGACAGUACUGAAUCCAUAUUUUACAAGUGAUGCAACCGCAUCUCUCAAGUCUCUACAAGGAACCGUGUUGGAGAUAGCUAUAGAGAGCAUCAGUGAAGCAGUUGAAACCCCGGGGCAUAAUCGGAGACCAACUCGUGGCAGCGAAGACACAGUUUCAGAUGACAAGCAAUCUGUUUCAGCAGACGACCUCCUCGCUCUAACGAAACAGUGUUCAAACGAAUUGCUACAACCAGAGUUGGAGAGAACUCGUCUGAACACAGCAUGCUUUGCAGAGUCAACCCCAUUAGAGCCAACGCCUACGUUACCCAAAGCUUCCUACUCUUCAUUCAGAGGAUCAAUGGAUUCUCCAAGCAGAAACUACAGAGGCUCGCAAUCAUCUGGUUCCCCGAUUCAUUCCCGACCCAGACGAAGAUAAUAAAUAAGAUACCAACUUGUUUAUUUUAUUUUUGUUUAAUUACAUUAUCUGUCUCCGUUGUUUGUACGUAAACUGAUCAUACUUCUCUUUUUCAUAUUGUUUCUGGUGUAUUUAUUGUUUGCAGCA